CAAAGACGCGCAACAUUUCCUUUAUCUCGUCUGCCUUUGUUUUACAUUUAUGAGAUUUUCUUCUGAAUAUGUAACAGAUAAAAUUAUUCCUCAGCGAUUCGCGGCAUCUCAUCGAAUGUGAAUCAUCUAAAGUUUCGUUUUCUCAUAUACAUACAGACGUCCGUAGAGGCCUCUACAGACGUUAGCCAACUUGCUAACGUUAUCUGAGCUAACUUUAGCUAGCAGCUAGCCGUGUCAUUUUGUGUUAUUGUUUUGACUGAAGAAAAAAGCUUCAGCUCCUGGGUCGAAAUGACGUCUGCCUCUGCGAAGGUGGGGGAGAUUUUCUCUGCAGCAGGAGCCGCCUUCACCAAGCUGGGAGAGCUGACCAUGCAGCUGCACCCGGUGUCGGACUCCAGCCCGGCAGGAGCCAAGUGGACGGAGACGGAGAUUGAGAUGCUGCGUUUGGCGGUGCGUCGAUUUGGAGACGACCUGAACAACAUCAGCACUGUGAUCAAAGAGCGCACAGUAGCUCAGAUAAAGAGCACAGUGAAGAGGAAGUUGUAUGAGGACAGCAGAGUCCCCAUUUCUUCUGAAUCCCCAAAGAAGGCCGUCAAGAAAGCCGCCGUCUCCAUGACGCCGACAGCGGCUCCCGCUGGCCCCACCAUGAUCACCGUGCCGACCUCACAGGUCGUAGUGGCGACGGGCAUGCAGAGCAGCCCCUCUCUGGCCCCACCCAUCAAGAAACAGAAGACAGCAGACGUGACCCUCAGUGCUCUUAACGAUUCGGAUGUCAACAGCGACCUGGUGGACAUCGAGGGACUCGGCGACGGCUCCUCCAACAAGAAGCUGAACUUUGACCAAGAGAGCCUGAACUUGGACUCCAGCCUCAUCAUGAACUCCAGUGACCUCCCCCUCCUGUCCCGCUGACCUUUGACCUCGAGCUGGAGCUUCUCCUGUCGCCUGAACUUCACGUUUGUGCUCACACAAGCGUUUGGAUCAGAGCUCUUUACUUCAAGUUUCAUUAGAAACUGAGGGAUGAACGUCAGGUCAGCUCGUUGUUUGAUGCUUUCUGUGGAGCAGAAUCAUGUUUCCCUCAGUGAGUUUUAUUUGAAAAGCUUUUAGUUGUCACAGUGAAGCAUAAUGUUGAGCAGCAGAUCAGUGUGGACUCCAACAUCUGCUUUCACAUGAAGAGACUUAGUCAUCAGGGAAACGAGCUGAUAAAUUAUCACAAGUUUCCCUGAGACCGAUUUUCACUUUGAAAUGUGAAUCUGCUGUUCUUGUUUAUCUUACUGUCAGCAAAUCUGACAUUCAGACUCAAAACGAUGACGUGUCCGACCGACUGACUUUGUGUUCGUGGUCCAGUCGGUCCUCCUCAAACUCACCACACAAACACAAGAAACAACCCGCAGUGUGUGUUGAUGGCCAUGAGGUUUGUCUCAUUGAGGUGUUUUUAAAGGCAGCAGAUAAAUCAGGCUGUGAAACUCACUCAGGACACACACUCCUGCUCUUCCUCCUCUUCCUCUCACACGACAGUCAGUUUGAGUCUGAACAUGAAGGUUUGAUGAAACUAAACAUCAGUUUUAGGAUCCUGAUGGCAGCAGCUGAGUGAUGUAAAACCACCAUUUUGAUUAUGUUAAGUAAAGAGAGCUGAACUCUG